GUGAACUACUGACAGCUUAUUGUAGUUUCUUGGGAAAAACGAAUUAUAAAAUUGUUACUUUGUCAGGCUACAAAGAGAGGCUGUUUGCUCUUGGAUAUAGAUACAUUUUUAGGAUCAGAUCAAGCCAGACUAUGAUAGGACGGGAAGCAAACAACAAGUCAUUUGCAGAAAAAGAGUGCAGCAGCUAAUCGGAGGAGACUUUUGACCGUGAUGAUAGUCUGCUUGGGACACACGCGACACAUCUCUGCAGCUAUUGGCUCACCUAGAUGUAUCACCCACCUCUUUCGGAUAUAAAGGUCCCGUAGUGAGCAGAGAUAUCUGCCUGCAAGAGCAAAAUGAAGAUCUUAAAGGAUAUUCUGGUUCUCCUGGCAUUUUUUGUGGGAACUGUAUCCUGUAGCACCAGGGAGUAUUUCAUAGGGAUCAAGGAAAUCCAAUGGGAUUAUGCUCCUAGUGGAAAAAACUUAAUUUUGAACAAAACUGUGGUGGAGGAUGAGAAUGCAGCUGAGUUCCUGGCGCAAGGAGAGAAUCGCAUCGGCCGGGUUUACAAGAAGGCGGUGUACUUCCAGUACACUGAUGGCUCCUUCAAGCAGGAGUUGGGGAAGCCUGCUUGGCUCGGCUACCUGGGGCCCAUCAUGUUUGCAGAGGAAGGAGACACGAUCAUUGUGACUCUGAAAAACAUGGCCAGCAGGCCUUACACCCUGCAUGCUCAUGGGGUCAGCUACAACAAGGCCAGUGAAGGUGCCGUGUACCCUGACCACACGGAGGGGAUGGACAAAGCUGAUGACCACGUGGGUCCUGGGCAGAGCUUCAGGUACGUCUGGAACCUGACGACAGACCACGCUCCCACAAAAGAUGACACCAACUGCCUGACUCGGGUGUACCAUUCACAUAUCAAUGCUCCCAAAGACAUCGCCUCGGGCCUGAUUGGCCCCCUCAUCAUCUGCAAAAAAGACACCUUGGAUGUCCAUGGAGACCAGACUUCAGACGACAUCUUUGCACUGAUGUUCACAAUCUCUGACGAGAACCUGAGCUGGUAUUUGGAUGACAACAUCAACACGUACUGCACAGCCCCCAGCAAGGUGGACAAGGAGGACCAGGCUUUCCAGGACAGCAAUAAGAUGUACUCCAUCAAUGGUUACGUGUAUGGAAAUUUGCCUGGACUGAGCUUGUGUGUCGGCCACAAAACCCACUGGCACCUAUUUGGCAUGGGCAAUGAAGCCGACGUCCACUCGGCGUUCUUCCACGGUCAGAUCCUGACAGAGAGGAAGCACCACGUGGAUACCGUCAGCCUCUUCCCGGCCUCCUUUGUCAAUGCAGAAAUGGAGCCAGUCAAUCCUGGCCGCUGGCUCCUCAGCUGUCAGAUCAAUGACCACCUUGGAGCUGGGAUGGAGGCCUUUUUUGAAGUAAAGAAUUGUUUUCCUGAUGUUCACAAGCCUAAACCGCAUGGCAAUGUCAGACAGUACUACAUUGCUGCAGAAGAAGUAAUUUGGGACUAUGGACCCACAAAGAUAAACCAGUUCACAGGAAACCCUUUGAAAUCAGACAAGGAUUCAGAAACAUUCUUUGAAGAGGGUGACAAGAGGAUUGGAGGGAGGUACAAAAAGGCAAUAUAUGUUGAGUAUACCGAUGAUACCUUCACCAAGCACAAGGAAAGGACACCAGAGGAGGAGCACCUAGGGAUUUUGGGUCCUGUGAUCAGAGCAGAAGUUGAGGACACUAUCAAGGUGACAUUCCGGAAUAAAGCUACGCGGCCAUACAGCAUUCAGCCCCAUGGUGUGCAGUACAGCAUAGACCAGGAGGGAACCCUUUACAACUCUGUUAUUGAAGAAACUUCUAGGUCAAAAAUUCUACUCCAAAGGAUCAAAGGAUCAACUCCAGUGACUCCACCGCCUGCAUCCUAUGUGCUCCCUGGCUCAACCCACACCUAUGUAUGGAUGGUGCCAAGUGAAGGUGGCCCUGUUGAGGGAGAUGCAGAGUGCAUAACCCAGCUCUAUUACUCAGCCGUGGACUCAAUCAAAGAUACUAGCAGCGGAUUAGUUGGACCCUUGCUCAUCUGUAAGCGCAAAACCCUAAAAGAUGGAAAACAGAAAAAUGUUGAUAAGGAAUUACAUCUCCUGGCUACUGUAUUUGAUGAGAAUCUCAGCUGGUAUCUGGACGACAACAUCAAGCAAUUUGCAAAAUCCCCCAAAAUGGUCAAUAAGGAUGAUGAAGACUUUCAGGAGUCAAACAAGAUGCACUCAAUUAAUGGGUACAUGUACGGCAACCUGAAAGGACUGAACAUGUGCAAAGGAGAUACAGUGUCCUGGCAUCUCUCUGGCUUGGGCUCAGAGGUCGAUAUCCAUGGCAUGUAUUUCCAAGGCAACAGAUUCACCAUCCAGGGGACCAGGAGAGAUGCAGUGAACCUGUUUCCUCACAUUUCCCAUACAGUUAUCAUGAAUCCAGACAGCAUUGGAACAUUUGGGGUGGUGUGCAGGACCACUGAUCACUUCCAGGGAGGAAUGAAGGCCAACUACACAGUGGAUAAAUGCCGCUUUUGGGACCUCAAGCCCGACAUAUAUCUUCACCAUAAGACAUACUACAUAGCUGCCACAGAGAUCGAGUGGGAUUACUCACCCAACCGCAUGUGGGAACACAAGAUGCACGGCACAGACAGCCCAGGAAACACUUUCAUAGAAAAAGAGGAUAAAUUCAUUGGCUCUAAGUAUAAGAAAGUGGUGUACAGGGAGUACACAGACAAAACUUUUACUCGGGAAAAAGAAAGGUUACCACAAGAGGAGCAUUUGGAGAUACUAGGGCCCAUAAUUCAUGCUGAAACUGGCGACAAAGUAAAUAUUGUUUUCAAAAACAUGGCAUCAAGACCAUACUCUAUACACGCACAUGGAGUGAAAACAGAGACUGCCGAAAUUCAGCCAACACCACCAGGUGAAACACACACAUAUACUUGGUAUGUUCCCAAAUCUGCUGGGCCAGGUCCAAAUGAAGAGGAAUGUCUCGUUGGGGCAUAUUUCUCCACAGUGGAUGUCACUAAGGACUUGUACAGUGGUCUGAUUGGACCUCUUGUCAUCUGUGAGCGCAGCCUUUUGAGGAAAAUCGGAUUAAAAGAAGAAAUCAAGGAGUUUGCUCUGCUCUUCAUGGUGUUUGAUGAGAAUGAGUCCUGGUAUCUGGAUGAGAACAUCAAAAAUUAUGUUUCCAAAGGGAGCAAAGUUCAGAAAGAUGAUGAAGAAUUCAUUGAGAGCAACAAAAUGCAUGGGAUCAAUGGGAGAAUUUAUAACAACCUACGCGGGCUCACCAUGGAGGUGGGGGACAAGGUGUACUGGCACCUCAUGGGAAUGGGCAACGAGGUGGACAUGCACACAGCACACUUCCAUGGACACAGCUUUGAGUACAAGCUGAGUGGCACUCAUCGCCAUGACGUGUACGAGCUGUUCCCCGCCACCUUCCAGACUGUGAAGAUGAAAGCACAGUAUCCAGGCACCUGGCUGCUGCACUGCCACGUCACGGAUCACAUCGUGGCUGGCAUGGAGACCACCUACACCGUUUUGGAGAAAAAGGGUUCUGGAGGAAUAAAAGGUUUUUUUCAGGGUCUGUUCAAUAAGAACUAGAUGGAAAUUCAGGAUUCUUGUAAAUUUAAGCUUAUUUUAAGAAACUCUAACUUGCAGUUUUUAAACAACACUAUACAGAAAUAUGCAAAUGAGGUGAUCAAUACUCCUCUUAUUGAGAUAUGCAGUGGCAGUACCUCUAUUUGACCGUGACCCAUCUCUACUAUUAUGUCUGACAUCCUGAUCUGAUGAAGACUGUCACAGGGAGCGACUGUCCCAAUUCCAGCUGAUGCGACUGACUGUCGGUACAUUCAUUCUAGACAAACAGAGGAGAAAAAUGAACCAUCAAUACUGUGGGGCAGGAAGAAAAUACUAUUUGAGGAAACUAAAUCAUGGUAAUACAUCAACUAAUUCCUGAGAACAGCCAUGUCCAAAAAAAAAAAGGGAACGGAACAGUCCAUCAUUGUUCACUAGUUUUAUUCAUAGCUUAGGAAUCCCAGAAAAAA